AUGACCACCGCGGCAACCACUUCGGGCGCCCAGCCCAUAUCUCACAAUUCCUCCUUUCCAAUCGAGCGCACCACCACCUCCCAACCCUCCGCUCCGGGCUGGCGACCUCCCCAGCACACCCACCGCCACAAUUCCCUCUCCCCCACGCCCUCCGAGACCAGCUCCGCGGAGGAUGAAGACACCGCACACGCCUCCAACUACCCGACGGGCAAAAUGGCCCUGUCAGGAAUCUCGCUGCGCGCAUUCCUGCUCGGCAUCACGCUGGGCAUCUCUGCAUGCUCGACCCUCUUCCUAGUGGCCGUCUACCCAACACCCCUCUGGCGCGCCCCAUUCUUCAUCUCGGCACUGAGCCUCUUCCACUUCCUCGAGUUCUUCGUCACGGCGAAAUACAACACGAGAUAUGCAACUGUCUCAGCGUUUCUCCUCUCAUCAAAUGGAUGGGCGUAUAAUGCCGCGCACGGAUCCGCGCUCGUGGAGUGUCUGCUCUCGCACUUUUUCUGGCCGAAUACCUCAAUCAUUUCAGGUGUCUUGUCUACGACAACUCUUGCCCUGGGAUUUAUUCUCAUGCUCAUGGGCCAAAUGGUCCGUACCCUGGCCAUGGCGCAGGCUGCGAGCAAUUUCAAUCACCAUGUCCAGGUUGAGCAUAAGGAGGGCCAUGUGUUGGUGAAAGAGGGGUUGUAUCGGUUCCUGCGCCAUCCGAGCUACUUUGGGUUCUUUUGGUGGGGGCUCGGGACGCAGCUUGUACUGGGGAAUGUGGUUUGCUUUGUGGGGUAUGCGGUCGUGCUGUGGAGGUUCUUUUCUAGUCGGAUUCAGCGCGAGGAGAACUUCUUGGUCCAGUUCUUCGGGGAGGAAUAUAUUCUGUAUAGGAAGACGACGCCUGUGGGGAUCCCUGGGAUUCGAUAG